CAAUCAGAUCGCUGCGUGUUGUUUUGGACGCAUGCAGACUGUAGUGUAGUGCGGUGUGGUGUGUCUGUUUCAGUCUGAAUAGCUUUUCGUUCUACUUUUCGUGAAUGUUUGCACACAUUCUGUUUCAAAAUAUUUUCCUGCUUUAACUGAGGUUGUUCAGCGUAUGGUGAAAAGGAUACAACUGUGAAGGAUCAGAACAACAAGAUGCCGUUUUCAAGAGGAAAGAACCCCAAUACCAGUAAAAUCCCCAAACUUCACCCCAAAGGACUGGAGAACCAGGAUGGCCCUCAGACCAAGCGCUCAUCUUCUUCUCCCCAAGGGGCCCCUAAGAAAAGAACUGCUUUUGUGGACAUCACAAAUGCACACAAGAUUGAGCUAAGCAACCCCAUCAAGAAGAAAGAUCCUGUCAAGAAGCUGCAGAAGAAGGUCUCAGUACUCUCUAAGAAUGAUGUAAACUUAAAAUCUGUGGUCAAUUCAGAGGAAAAGUUAGAGGAACUGAAGAAUGUGGAGUCAAUUAUUGAGAAACUGGAAGAGUCCUCUUCCAAAGCUCCAAUUCCUCCACACCUACUGCCUCCUGAGAUCCCUCCUGAGUAUGACAUUGAUUCAGAGCACCUCAGUGACUCUGUGCAUGCAGUGGAGUACGCCAAAGAUAUUUUUGACUACCUCAAGAGCAGAGAGGAAAAGUUUGUCUUACAUGACUACAUGGCUGAUGAGCAAAAUCUGAACAGCAAUAUGAGAGCGAUUCUGGUGGACUGGCUGGUUGAGGUCCAGGAGAAUUUUGAGCUGAAUCAUGAGACUCUGUACCUGGCUGUGAAAAUGACGGAUCAUUAUCUGGCUGUGAGCCAGGCCAGACGGGAGUCUUUACAGCUCAUUGGUUCCACUGCCAUGCUCAUUGCUUCUAAAUUUGAGGAGCGAGCUCCACCUUGCGUGGAUGACUUCCUAUAUAUUUGUGAUGAUGCCUACAAGCGUUCUCAGCUCAUCGCCAUGGAAAUCAGCAUCCUGCAGGCGCUGAACUUUGACAUCAAUAUUCCGGUUCCAUACCGCUUCCUCCGUCGCUACGCCAAGUGUGUGAAUGCAGGUAUGGACACACUGACUCUGGCGCGCUUUAUUUGUGAGCUGAGUUUGCUGGAGAUGGAUUUUGUGCCCGUGAGAGCGUCUUUGCUCGCCUCUGCCUGUCUGCUCAUCGCUCUGGUUACUAAGGAUCUGGGAGGAUGGACACAGUGUUUGCAGUUCCACUCUGGAUACAGUGUGGAGGAUCUGGCACCUGUGGUCAGAAAACUUCAUGAUAUGCUCAUCGGCCCGCCGGACAGUAAACUCGCUGUCAUCAGGAGCAAGUAUGCACACAAAGUUUUCUUUGAAGUUGCGUUGAUCCCCACAGUGAGUCUGGAAACGUUGGAGGGGUUUUUGAAAUAACCUGAAAGAAUAUAUGUAAAGUUUCGAACAUUGUAAAUAAUUAUAUUUAAUGUUAUAUUUUAAUCUUUUGAAAUAAAGUGUUUAUGUGUGUAAACUGACAUGAUGUAUAUGCAUGUUUUCCAUUGUAUGUUCAGCUGUUUAGUUGUUUUUACAAACCAUGUUAUUCUUGACCAAAACACUCACCAGUGACCCUGUCAGUGUUUCAAAAACGGAUAAAAGUACAAACCAUGAAUACAUUAUUAGGUCAUUAGAUUUGUGUUGUUAUUGAAUGGUGUAACUAAAAUGGCAUUUUAAUGCUUAAUCUUGUACAUAAAUAUUUGUUUUUGUCUUUUUCGUACGGCUUUGUAUAGUUUGCCAUGUCUGUAUGUUUUCUUAAUCAAUUUAAGUGUAUUUUUAAACACUUGUUGGUUAAAAAAGUAUUUUGCAUAUUUGCCCGAUUCUUGCAUUUACUUACUAUUUGAAAUAAAUGCCUUUUAAAAUUUAACAAACAUACCAACAAUGCUGCAUCAGUUUAACCAGUAGGAGGCAGCGUGAUCCCAGAUCCUCCAUCACCACAUUGGUAUGUGUCUGCAUUCAAAUACAUGCACUGCAUGUCUUUUCAACCACACUCAAUCAUUGCACCUAUAGAAAAUAA